CGCAGGCGACUGGUUGGAGCCACAGUCUCAAGACCCCAAGUGAGGAGUACAAGUACCCAACCGAAACCGAAUUCCCAAAGUAUUGGAGAUUUUUUGGAGUGACGCCUCUCGUGCGGUUUUGUUUUGCUUCGGACUUUCUGGCAGAGCGGAAACAAUUUCGGUGUGAAAAUUUGCAUAAAAUUACCCCCGCGAAAUACACCGACAAAGAAACGAAAACGUUGAGGAAACCGAUUUAAAGCCUUUGGGCAGUUUUCAGGCUUUCAAAGUGCGUGUGAAGCUCGUCGGGGUCCCGUGAAUUUAUAUAACACCCGAAAUCACCUUCUGCGGGGGCCAGUGGCUAACACUAAGUCUCAUUCUCGACCCAAAACUCGAUAAAUUCCGACUCCAGGAUGCAGCCCCUAAAGCGCUUCACACAAUGCGGCAGCCUGACCAUGCUCUUCGGCAUCUUCAUCAUCCUCUUCGGGGUCAGUUCCACGGCACUGACCACUUUCGGCAAGACCAACAACGGACCGCCGCCCACACACGUCCCAAUCGUCAAAGGACGAGAGUGCAGUGCCCACGAUGAUUGCACGGCGAUAGAUCGCACCAGCUGCGUCAAGGAUCCCAAUGACUACAAGUUGCGUUGCCUCUGCGGCGACGACUCGCCUCCUUCGGCGGGCAACUGUCCGGAUGUCCUUAAAGGCCUGCGUCACAAGUGCAACAGCAACAACGACUGCGAGGACGGAAUGGUCUGCCAGUUCGAGAACAGCAACCGAACCAUCGGGGUGGCCAAGUUCAUGUCCAGCAAGACCAAACUGUGUCUCUGCGAUAAUGACAACGGAUAUGUGGAGGACAUCCUUCACGACAUCUGCAGUGGCGCCAAUUUCCAGGGCCUGGUCAGCUUCUUGGUCUCGAUCUGUUCGCUUCUGGCGCCCUUUUUGGUAUCCGCCCACAUGCGAAAGCAUUUCUAGAAGGCGACCGGAGGAGCUGGAAGUCGUAGCUUGGCGUUUAUCUCCCCUAGUGAUCCAUCAAAUGUGCCUCAGUGAAACCAACAGAAACAAAAAGUCAUCGCCCCUUCCCCCCACUC